AUGGAGAUUUCGUAUGAAGUUUCAAUUCUCUUCUGUGAUGUCUGUACCAGGGUGGUCGAUGUCAACUCUUGGCAUGUUCCUGCUUCCAUUUUGAAAGAUGAGCCUCAUGUCAAUUCGACAGGGACAGGCCGACAUCAACUUGGACCACCUUAUGAUGUGAUAAGCUGUCUUAAUCUGCUAGAUCGCUGCGACCGACCCAUCACCUUGCUGCGUCAGAUUCACUCUAGCCUUACACCAGAAACCGGCAUCCUCCUUUUGGCAAUAGUGCUGCCACUCAAUCAAUAUGUGGAGACUGCCCCAGAUCGCCACCCAAGUGAAACUCUUGACAUUUCUGGAAGUAAAAUCUGGGAGGUUCAACUGAAUAGUCUGGUCAUCAACGUGCUCCAGCCUGCUGGUUUUGAGCUAAUACGUUUUACCAGACUGCCAUAUCUUUGUGAAGGAGAUUUUUCACGUGCUUUCUAUUCUCUCAAUGAUGUUAUUCUAGUCCUGCGACCUGUGCAUGUCUAA